CGGGGAAGGCCCCGACUGGGGGCGGGAGACUGGCGGAUAAAAGCCCCCAGGGCGCCCCGAGAGAGGCCCGUUAGCGCUGCUUGGCUGCGGCGCCGGCCCAGCCCCAACCUCCGGACCCAGCCGGUGCCCCUGAAGUCACCAUGAUGUGGCCCCCACCAGUCACUUUCUCUCUGUCCCUGCUGCUGCUGCUAGGCCAAGCCCCUUCUGGCAGGCCACAGUCAUCAGGCACCAAGAAGCUCCGGCUGGUGGGUCCAGCAAACAGGCCAGAGGAGGGCCGCCUGGAGGUGCUGCACCAGGGCCAGUGGGGCACUGUGUGUGACGAUGACUUCGCUCUCCAGGAGGCUACAGUGGCCUGCCGGCAGCUGGGUUUUGAGUCAGCCUUAACCUGGGCACACAGUGCCAAGUAUGGCCAAGGGGAGGGCCCCAUCUGGCUGGACAAUGUACAUUGUUUGGGCACCGAGAAUACCCUGGACCAGUGCACAUCUAACGGCUGGGGCGUCAGCGACUGCAGACACUCGGAAGAUGUUGGGGUGGUAUGCCACCCACAGCGCCAGCGUGGCUACCACUCUGAGAAGGUCUCCAAUGCCCUUGGGCCCCAGGGCCAGCGGCUGGAAGAGGUGCGGCUCAAACCCAUCCUCGCCAGUGCCAAAAGGCACAGCCCUGUGACUGAGGGGGCUGUGGAGGUGCGAUACGAGGGCCACUGGAGGCAGGUGUGUGACCAGGGCUGGACCAUGAACAACAGCAGGGUUGUGUGCGGGAUGCUGGGCUUUCCCAGCCAGGUACCUGUCAACCACCACUACUACAGAAAAGUCUGGAAUCUGAAGAUGAAGGAUCCCAAGUCUAGGCUGAAUAGCCUGACAAAGAAGAACUCCUUCUGGAUUCAUCGGGUUGACUGUCUGGGGACAGAGCCCCACUUGGCCAAGUGCCAGAUACAGGUGGCUCCAGGAAGGGGCAAGCUUCGGCCAGCCUGUCCAGGCGGCAUGCACGCUGUGGUCAGCUGUGUGCCGGGGCCCCGCUUUCGCCCACAGAAGUCGAAGCCCAGGCGCAAGGAGUCCCAUGCAGAGCAGGAGCUGAAGGUGCGCCUGCGCUCUGGGGCUCAGGUGGGUGAGGGCCGUGUGGAAGUGCUCGUGAACCGCCAGUGGGGCACAGUCUGUGACCACAGGUGGAACCUCAUCUCAGCCAGCGUCGUGUGCCGUCAGCUUGGCUUUGGCUCUGCCCGGGAGGCCCUUUUUGGGGCCCAGCUGGGCCAAGGGUUAGGACCCAUCCACCUGAGCGAGGUGCGCUGCCGGGGGUAUGAGCGGGCCCUGAGUGACUGCCUCGCCCUAGAAGGGUCCCAGAAUGGUUGUCAACAUACAAAUGACGCUGCUGUUAGGUGCAACAUCCCCGACAUGGGCUUUCAAAAUCAGGUGCGCUUGGCUGGCGGGCGCAACCAUGAAGAGGGAGUGGUGGAGGUGCAGGUGGAGGUGAAUGGGGUCCCACGCUGGGGGACUGUAUGCAGUGACCACUGGGGGCUCAUGGAAGCCAUGGUUACCUGCCGACAGCUUGGCCUGGGAUAUGCCAACUUCGCUAUCAAGGAUACCUGGUACUGGCAGGGAACACCAGAGGCCAAGGAGGUGGUGAUGAGCGGGGUUCGCUGCUUGGGCACAGAGCUGGCCCUUCAGCAGUGUCAGAGGCAUGGGCCUGUGCACUGCUCCCAUGGCCCAGGACGCUUCUCAGCAGGGGUCGCCUGCAUGAACACUGCCCCAGACCUUGUGAUGAAUGCCCAGCUGGUACAAGAGACGGCCUACUUGGAGGACCGUCCGCUCAGCAUGCUGUAUUGUGCGCAUGAGGAAAACUGCCUCUCAAAGUCUGCUGACCUCAUGGACUGGCCCUACGGACACCGGCGCUUGCUGCGCUUCUCCUCACAGAUCUACAACCUUGGCCGGGCCGAUUUCCGUCCCAAGGCUGGUCGCCACAGCUGGAUUUGGCACCAGUGCCACAGGCACUACCACAGCAUUGAAGUCUUCACCCAUUAUGACCUGCUCACGCUCAAUGGUUCCAAAGUGGCUGAGGGGCAUAAGGCCAGCUUCUGUCUAGAAGACACAAACUGCCCCACAGGAGUGCAGCGGCGUUAUGCGUGUGCCAACUUUGGGGAACAGGGAGUGGCUGUAGGCUGCUGGGACACAUACCGGCAUGACAUCGAUUGCCAGUGGGUGGAUAUCACAGAUGUUCGUCCAGGGGACUACAUCUUCCAGGUGGUUGUGAACCCCACAAAUGAUGUGGCGGAGUCCGAUUUCUCCAACAACAUGGUGCGCUGCCGCUGCAAGUAUGAUGGGCAGCGAGUCUGGCUGCACAACUGCCAUACAGGAGAUUCCUACCGACCCAAUGCAGAGCUCUCCCUGGAGCAGGAACAGCGACUCAGGAACAACCUGAUCUGAAGCCAGUACUGCAGUCCCAGCUCAGCUACACACCAGAUACCUCAGCUUACGGGAGCCGUGCCCUUCACAGAGCCCCGGCGCACAGGACAAGGGGCCAGUGACAAGGAGCACCGAGAACCUGCUCAGGAAGCCUUUUGAUGGCCAGAUCACCACCCUGGAUGGCAGCACUCUCAGGAUGGCUCUAAGCCUCUUCCUAGUGCCUAUGGCCUAUAUAGCAUGGCCUUGAAGCUUUGGCCAGCUAAGCCUUCUCUUCCUUAAGGAGACUCAAUCUGUUUUAAAACUUGAUGCACAGUUCUCAGUUUCAGGAGCUCUAAGUUCCGUAGGGAUGAACUGUGGCCAAGGCCCCAUCUGAGGGUGCUCUGAGGACCACUUAGAUGUCUUGGAGGACAGAGGACCAAAGAACACAAGAAGUUGUGUCAGCUCUCUGUAACGAACUCUGUGCAAAUAACGGUGUCAAAGUCACACCUGGCAGAGAAGUUGGUGAAUGCAGUCCCCCACCUUAUUCCCACUUAUUCACACCUCAACCUCUGAAGCCUCUUCUUCAUUCUGUCCCACACCAGGUGUCUCUAAUACCCCUGAACCCUCAGGCCUCCCUCCAUUUCCUGAUGGAUCAACCACCCCUCAUUACUGGAGCUGAGGUGGGAGGCAAGUCUCACAGGAAUGGCAAGACAGGGCUUUUCCUGCAGAGCAGCGAGAGAUCAAGAAGACAGCUGAGGUCACAUAAACUCUGUCUCUGUCAGGGCCUCUGCCAAAGGAGCCAGCAGCAUGUUCCACAUCUGGCAGGCAGUCCUGUCUGUUAGGAUCACUCACAUCACAGGGUUAGCCUAAAUUUCAGAUUUAACCAAGGCCACUUCACCUUAAACAAACUUUUGCAAUUGGGAAGAAAGUGUCAAUCAAGUCACUCUGCAGGAAUACAAAAGACAGGUCUGGUAGAGUUAGGAAAAGAAGACUGGGGAAAUCAGAAGCAAGAACUCUUAAUUUAGUCAAGGGCCGAGCCUGGGAAAGGCCACCGACCACAUGUGAGGUGGCUGUGCUCCAUUCUUGCUCAGGUGAUAUAAGACCCCAGGGUCUUCUAGGGCAUGUCUGGACCUUUUCUCUACUGACAUGCGCACAGAUGAUCCUUCUAGGUCUUUCUAAUGCCAAUAAAGUUUUCU